AUGAGUGAAAAUACUAACAUUGAUUCUCCUACUGCCACUAUUACCAACACCACUGGUGUGACAAACAAGAAGAAAAACGAAAAUGAAAAUACAGAAUUAAAGCAGUUGAGUUAUGAAGAAGUUAUUGAGUGCAUUCAACAAAAUAAAGAAGUGCCCAAUCUGAUCAAUGUUCCAGAUAUUGUCCUUUCUAGUGAUAUGAUAAGCAAAUCCAGCUUACCUGUUAGACACAAACCAUGGGAAAUGAAAAAAAACAAGUUAACGAUUACAACCGGUGCAGAUAUAAAUACAGAUACGUAUAGUGACAACAGUAGUACCACUGCUACUAAAUUAACUGACUAA